CUUUCUUUCGCCUUGAGGGUGAUCUCCAUUCUUUCUUCUACCUGUCUUUCAUUUCAGCCGUUCAAUUCCACCAGCUUGCCAUUUGUCCGUCGCUGUGCGAUCCCUUCAUACUUUUGUCACAUUUGACUCUUUGUGAUCCUGCGCUUUCAAAUCUCAAUUAUGGUCCGUCUUGCCUUGUUCGCCAUGUUGGCACCUGUUCUCGCAGGCUAUGUUUCCGCUGCACCCAUUGCCAGCCGAAGUGUGUUCCGCAGAGCGUUUGCUGCCCAGGACUAUGCGUCGUUCCAGAUCUCUGACGGUGUGGCGGGAAAUGCUCAGGCAGAAGCUAACGCCGUCUUUGUCGACCCUUUUAACGGGGUUGACCUUGCCACUGUUGGAGCCGACGCAGCGACUGUGGAGUCCAUGCGCAAGCUCGCUGAAGCUGCUGAAACCGACCAAUUCAACCCUGCAAUCGCAGCUGCUACUGGCGCUGAUGCGACUGCUCUUCAGAAUGGGAAGAUCAAGAACAAGGUUCUAAAGCUAACCGGCGAAACUCAGGCGAUCAAGAUCAAACUCGCAGUUGCGCAAGCUGCUGGGGAUGACACGUCUGACCUUGAAACAAAGCUUGCCACAGAGCAGAAGAAGCUUGAUACCAACAUCGCUACGGAUAAGAAGAAUACGGGCGCUGCUUCAAAGGGCGUCGUUGGCAGCAGCUCCAGCAGCGCAUCAAACACGGAGGCUGCAGCGGCAUCUACCAGUUUAGCAAGUACCAAGGCUGCAGCAGCGUCCAGCACGACUUCCAGCGCUGCCGCGACCGAGACGAACGCCGCCGCCGCCGCUUCUGGUGCCGUGUUCACUGCCAAGGCAUACCCCGACUUCCAGAUCUCUGACGGUGUCGCUGGAAACGCUGAGGCUGAAGCCAAUGCCGUCUUCGUUGACCCUUUUGCCGGCGUUGACCUUGCCACUGUUGGCGAUGCCGCCGAUACCGUAGAGUCGAUGCGCAAGCUCGCUGAGGCUGCCGAGACCGACCAGUUCAACCCUGCGAUUGAUGCUGCCACUGGUGCCGAUGCCGAUGCUCUGUCGAACGGCAAGAUCAAGAACAAGGUGUUGAAGUUGACGGGCGAGGUCCAGGCCAUCAAGAUCAAGAUGGCAGUUGCUCAGGCAGCCGGUGGCGAUACGUCUAGCCUCCAGACAAAGUUGACCGAGGAGCAAACGAAGCUCGACAAGAAUAUUGCAACAGACAAGAAGAACGCUGGUGCUGUUUCCAAGGGAGUUGUAUAAGGAUGGAUUUCCUGUGCUUGAUCUUCUCUACCUAUGGAAUUGAAUUGGUUCGAAAGUCAUCU